AUGUCUGAAGCUUGGUGGAAAGAAGCUGUCAUCUAUCAGGUCUAUCCCUCGUCUUUCCUUGAUACCAAUGGAGAUGGAUGGGGAGAUGUCAAAGGCAUCACUUCCAAAUUGGAUUACCUUCAACAAUUGGGUGUAGAUGUAGUAUGGGUCUCGCCAAUAUACAAGAGUCCACAAAAGGACAUGGGAUAUGAUAUAGCAGACUACAAGUCGAUUGACCCGAUAUAUGGAACCAUUGAGGAUGUUGAUAAUUUAGUCUCCGAACUGAAAAAGCGAGGAAUGAAGUUGAUGAUGGAUCUCGUGGUGAACCAUACAUCGGAUGAACAUGAAUGGUUCCGACAGUCUCGCUCCUCCCUGACCAAUCCAAACCGCUCCUGGUAUAUCUGGAAAAAGCCAAAACGAGACGCUGCAGGAAAUCCUUUGCCACCAAAUAAUUGGUCGCAGAUCCUCGGCGAAGCGAACAGCGCCUGGACCUAUGACGCCAAGACAGACGAGUACUACCUCUCUCUUUUCACGCCCGAACAACCUGAUCUCAAUUGGGAGAACCCUGAAGUUCGGGCAGCAGUACACGACGUGAUGAAAUUCUGGCUUGAGCGUGGCGCUUGUGGGUACCGAAUGGACGUGAUCAAUCUGAUCAGCAAAGACCAGCGCUUCCCUGAUGCAGAGCCAGCCCUGGGUCCAGACCGCAGGUAUCAUCCUGGAAGCCAAUACUAUGUGAAUGGUCCGCGAAUGCAUGAGUACUUACAAGAGAUCAAACACAAGGUUCUGCAAAAAUUUGGCGCCAUCACCGUUGGCGAAAUGCCUGGGGUCAGUGACAUCAAUGAAAUCAUCCGCACCGUGGGAAGCAAAAGCGGCGAACUUAAUAUGAUAUUUAUCUUCGAUGUUGUAGAGAUAGAUACUCAACCAGGGAAUGUCAGGAUGACCCUUCAUGAAUGGAGCGUCAAGGAUCUCGCCAAAGCAGUCUCCAAAUGGCAACGAGCCAUGUUGGAGCAUGAUGGCUGGAACAGUGUCUUUGUGGAAAACCACGAUAAUCCACGAUCAGUCUCUCGAUAUUGCGAUGACAGCGACGCCUACCGCGAGCACGGUGCAAAACUGCUCGCGCUCAUGCAAACCACCUUGAGCGGCACACUCUUUGUGUAUCAAGGUGAAGAGCUGGGCAUGAGAAAUGUGCCGAAGUCCUGGGACAUUAUGAAGGAAUACAAGGAUAUUGAAUCCAUCAACUUUUGGAAGAAAAGCAGGGAACUUUACGGGAAUGAUCCCAAGCGGUUAGCAGAGGAACGGAAAGUUCUGGAAAAGAAGUCAAGAGAUCAUGCGCGCACACCAAUGCAAUGGAAUGGAGGCGCCAAUGCUGGCUUCUGCGAGUCCGGCGUCGAGCCGUGGAUGAGGGUGAACGAUGACUACAAGGAGGUCAAUGCAGAGAAACAGCAAUCUGCCGACGACGAAGAAGAGCUGAGUACAUGGCAGUUCUGGCAGCGAGGGCUGGCAAAUCGGAAGGCACAUUCAGAUUGCUUUGUAUACGGUGAUUUCCAUGCCGUUGGUCCAGAGAGUGAUGAAGUGUUUGCGUAUCUGCGGCUAGGCAAGAAGAGCGGCAAAUGGCUGGUGGUGUUGAACUUCUCGGGCAAGAAGGUCGAUUGGAACAUCCCCGACGAGCUCAAGGUCGAGGGAUGGAUGGCGGGGAACUACCAAAAGGGUAAGCCUGACAAGAGAAUGGAGCGUUCCGUUGGUCUGAGACCGUGGGAGGGAGUUUUGGGGAAAUGCAUAGAUUAG